UUUAUAUUUUUUUCCUGACUUCAUUAUGGCAGAAAAAAUUAAAAAAUUCUUUGCAAAGAAAAAGGCUGAUGCAAAAUUCAAACUAGCAGGACCAGGUCAUAAAUUAAAUGAAUCAUCCACAACAAUGGUUGUACCUCCAAGCAAAAAGAAGUCGAGUUAUGUGCCCUCAAAACUAGAGCCUAGCGAAGCAGCUAGACAAGCUGCCGAAGCUGCAUUAGUACGUGUUUCAAGUCAGAAAAAAGAUACUGCAUUUAAUACCUCAUUAGCUGCUAUCCAAGCUAAAGUUCGUAGGGAGUUGGAAGCUGAAAAGAAAGAUUCAGAAACAGCAAUGAUGUUAUCCUCAAAGCCAGUUGAAACCGAACAAGAAAUGUCGGCUCAUCUUGCAGUAAAAGGAGUAUACUUUAGAUGUCCAUUAAUUAGUGAUGAGGUGCUGUCUAAAGAAGAAUGGAAGGUCAAAAUUAAAGAAUUUCUCUUUAAUACGCUUGAAGAAGAGAGGGGAAUGACUGCUUGCUUGAUCAUAUAUUCUUGCAAUUAUAAUAGAACCAAGGUUGUGGAUUGUGUAAACGUAUUGUGCCGAUAUGUGGAUAACAUCAUAGCAAACCCAGAAGAGACAAAGUUUCACAAAAUUAGGUGUUCCAAUGCCACCUUUAAUGAUAAAGUAUUACCCAUAUUAGGGGCUAUUGAAUUUUUAUAUGCAGCAGGAUUCCGUCAACAAAAAUUGGUGGUCAAUGAUGUCGAAGAAGACUUUUGGGUGUGGGCGAAAGAAAAUAUCGAUAGUCUGGAAACAUUACAAUUUUUAAGAGAAACCCUAAAGUCUGAAGAGCGUGUAGAGUUGGAAAUCGACAGGAAUAUUCAAGUACUUUCUCCGGCGCAAGCUGCGCAGAGAAUAGAGUUACCACAAGAGUUUUAUGCUAUGUCGGCAGAGGAAUUGAAAAGGGAAAAGCAACAAAGAUCUGAAAUAAUGGAGAAACAAUUGCAGUUGAGAACAAAAGCAAUGAGAGAAAAAGAUGAAAUUCGGGAAAUUAGAAAAUAUAAAUUUUGUCUUAUUAGGGUACGCUUUCCCGAUGGUUUAUAUUUGCAGGGUACAUUUUCAGUUUACGAAAAGUUCUCCGAGGUAAUCGACUUUGUCAGGGAAAACUUAGAACACGAAGGCCUGCCCUUUGUACUAACUUCCCCUACAGGUCACAAAUUCGAAGAGAGUGACAAGGAAAGUACUUUGGCUGAUCUGCGAUUAGUUCCUGCGACGAUUCUCAUGUUCCAGUGGGAUCCUCUCGUAGAGCAAGAUUUGAGGCUUGCCGGGAAUGUGGCUUACCUCAAACCUGAAGUGAUGAUUCUCGUUCAGUCAAUGUAAAAGGAAUGAUCAAGGAAUUAAUCUGUAUACAGAUAAUUUAUUUUACCUAAUGUUGGAUCUACACACAUCUAUACUAUGUUAGCAAAUAUUCACAAUAUAUAUUAUCGUUAUACAUUUGUUUUUCAUGUGAUUAAAUAGUUUCUCUUUGCAUCGUCA